AUGUCAUAUAAUUUUACAGGAACACCAACUGGACACGGAACUGGUGGAGACACGUUAACCACCGAUUUAAACACACAAUAUGAUAUGGUCAACAUGCUCUGGCUAGGUGUAUGCGCACCAGGUGUUUGGUUAAUGGUUCCUGGUAUUGGAUUAUUAUAUUCAGGAUUAGCAAGGAAAAAACAUGCCCUAUCAUUGCUUUGGGCUUCAUUAAUGGCGAGCGCCGUCUGUAUGUUCCAAUGGUUCUUUUGGGGGUAUUCUUUAGCUUUCUCUCAUCAUACUAAGGGCAAUGGGUUUAUUGGUACUUUAGAAUUUUUCGGAUUUAGAGAUGUAUUAGGUGCUCCAUCAUCUGUUUCAGCUGUACCAGAUAUAGUGUUUGCUGUAUUUCAAGGAAUGUUUGCUGCAGUUACCGGGGUACUAAUGUUAGGUGGUGCUUGUGAAAGAGCUCGUUUGUUCCCAAUGAUGGUCUUCUUAUUCUUAUGGAUGACAAUAGUCUAUUGUCCUAUUGCUUGUUGGGCAUGGAAUGCAUCAGGUUGGUUGGCUAAAUUAGGUGCUCUAGAUUACGCGGGUGGGUUAGCUGUUCAUAUCAGCUCAGGUCAUGGAGGUCUAAUUUAUGCUUUGAUAUUAGGUAAAAGAAAUGAUCCUGUUGCUAAGAAUGGGAUGCCAAAAUAUAAACCACAUUCUAUUACAUCUGUUGUAUUGGGAACCGUUUUCCUAUGGUUCGGAUGGCAAUUCUUUAAUGAAGGUUCUGCUGGUAAUGCAACCAUCAGGGCCUGGUAUUCCGGUAUGUCGACAAAUCUGGCUGCAGGAUGUGGUGGUUUGACUUGGUUGUUUAUCGAUUAUUUCAGAUGUGGGAAGAAAUGGACCACUGUCGGCUUAUGCUCUGGUAUUAUUGCAGGUUUAGUCGGUAUCACACCCGCGGCUGGGUUUGUUCCCAUUUGGGCAUCUGUAAUUAUCGGUAUAUUGACUGCUGCUGGUUGUAAUGUUGCCGUUGACUUCAAAAGUUUGCUACGUAUUGAUGACGGUCUAGAUUGUUGGGCGUUGCAUGGUGUCGGUGGUGUUAUUGGCUCCGUUUUAACUGGGAUAUUUGCUGCUGAUUAUGUAAACGCAUCAGCUGGCUCAUAUGCGGCCCCAAUUGAAGGUGGUUGGAUAAAUCAUCAUUGGAAACAAGUGGGUUACCAACUAGCUGGCGUAUGUGCUGCCAUCGCAUGGUCAACAACUGUAACGGCAAUCAUACUAUUGGCAAUGGAUAAGAUACCAUUUUUAAGGUUGAGAUUAAGGCCUGAAGAGGAAGAAUUAGGUACAGAUGAAGCACAAAUCGGUGAAUUUACAUAUCAAGAAGAUACUAUCUUUGUCCCAGAACCAAUAAGGUCCCAUGUUUCAGGAGAGGUUCCUGUUGCAGAAGCUAUUGAUGACAAAAUUAUGGGUGAACCUAAAAAUGCAAGUGUUAAAUCAGAUAGCACUUCAAAUUAG